CGUCCACAGUGGUCCCAUUUGAACCACACCCACACUUAGUUCCCAGGACGCCAUUCGCUUCCAUUCACACGUGGCUAGAACAACGGUCGUAUGAGGUUUCAAGCCACAUGGCACAACCAGACUACCUAUCGAAGAUCUAGAAUCUUUUUGCCGGCUUCGACAGACCAAAGUCACGAUCUCGAUUCGAUGCAGUCAUCACUCAGGUCGGCAGGCAGGUCCCCAUCUCUCCGUUAUUGCUUGUGAAACCCGAAAUCUAACCAAUUCGAAUCCCGAUCCAGGGUCCACUGGGUCCGAAAGUCUUCGGAGCGCUGGUGGACUACGGACCCUGACCAUAUCACAUCUCGGAGGGGCACCUGUCUCUCAGCUCUGGCUAUUAUUCAUGCGAGAAACCUAUGUGUCCAUCGUCGGGCCCCGAAUUAUGAUGUGUCCCUUCCCUCGCCUGGUUUCUGACCGACGAUCCCCCAAAGGAGACAAACUGUCAAUCAUUUACCACUUCAAGGAAACUCGACAGAAAGACAACAAAUCCAGAACGACACUAUCGAUAAAAUAAUUAUUUUCAAAGAAGACAUGCGAAAACCGGCUACUUUCCCAUCCAUGUCUAGGAACCCGAGCUUGGGCGCCAAUAUCUCCCCCAAUGAUUCUCUCCAACAAAUUCCAGGUCCCUUCCAACCAUAUCGCCCGUCAUUCUAUCCAAGAAACACCUUCUUUUUCAACGAUUAACGACGAAUUCCUAAAAGAACUGUCAUGACAAGCCAACGCCUACGCCAUCGCUUAAAAAACACCACACCCGAAAAAGCCUAGUCCACCAGCUGCAAAGUUGCGUCUCCGGUUCAGCGCCAGACCCCCUCGAUUAAAGGGAGACACCGGAUCCCAUGUUCACAUCCGUGGCGGCUGUUGGUUCCCCCAAUACCCAGGGUUUCCAAGAUCAAGUUGCUGCCAGUCCCAAUACUCCAACACACUGGGCACAGCAGGCACCGCAUCCUCCGAUACCUCCUGGAUCGCUCCUUGGAGCAGACCGAAGUUUGGAUUGGCAUCAGGGGCCGGUUCCCACGCGGGCUGGGUGUAGCCAAGGGGGUCAGGCGGCCCGGAGUGGAAGAUAUGAUGGUCAUUGCUGAAUUGGAGGUCAUUCGAUGACACAAAGCCGCUGUUGGGUACGAAGCUGUCGGUCACCAGAUAUUCAUUCGAAGGGACCAUGCCUGCGCUUGAGGGCAUGAAUUGGUCGACUGUGCCAUAGUAUGGCGAGGGCUGCAUGUUUUGUGCAUGCAUAUGGCUCAAGUGAUCAUGGCCGUUGGAAGGUGGUGGGUUAUCCAUUGGCUGAUAGCCAUGGAAAACCUGUCCAUUCCCAGACGGGAUGGGGGCGUUUGAGCGCAACGGAACCUCGGAUGAAGGAAUGUUGUUCGAUGACGACGACACCACCGAUACCGAGCCAUUCGAACCGAGUUGAGAGCUAUUUGAGCCGAGCUGAGAUUCGACCAGUGUCCCAUCGGUGUUCGAUCCUUGAGCUACGCCCUCGGAGAUACGAUCAGAAAGAAUUCUUCUAGCCAACGCAUUGUUCGAUGAGCCGGCAGCUGUACUGUCGCCUAUCUGGUUGGCAUUUGUGCGCUUGCUGCGUUUCGGAGCUCCGAUUACUCCCUUUUCUUGAGGGCUGAGCGGCAGGUUGAUGAUGAGGCCCUUGAGAAUACGAUACAGGGCUGCCGUUGUCUUGGACUCGGCGUAUGACUCCUCGAGCAUGUGGAGACCCUUGUUGAUAGCCUCGAGCACCGUCUCGCGCUGUGGCAGAGUGCGGGCCUCAUCGUGGACAAAAGCAGAGCACAUGACCGUCGUGGCAUCAAAGAUGCAAAAGAUGGCAUAGUGGAACUUUGCACCGGCUGAAACCAUGUUCUCAAAGAAGCUCCACGACACAUCCAUCAGAUCGAGGCCGGCUUGGACACCAGCCGCGCGCAGCUCGGAUUCAAGCUUCGUCAGAGGCUUGCCAGAAUUUCGGGUGACGAAUGCCUUCAAUGGGCUGAAGAGAGACAUGUAUCCUAUCAGAUGGAGAUACCGGCGCUGGAAGACAACCCAAUCAAACUCCUCAUCCCACUGGGUGUCGGGAUUCGUGCGUGAGUACUCUUUGGGAAGAUCCUCAUACCACUUAUAGACGACAUCGCGCAGUCUUCUGGCCUGGUCGGCCUCAUCCACUUUUCCAUCGGCGCGAGGAGCAAACUCGGCUGCCAUGGCAAGACACAGCUGGCAAUGCAAAUUCAUAUGACGGAAGGGCGACGGCUGGUUGGGCCGCUCGGGAUCAAUUUCGAGGGCCAGAGUUGGCAUUACGAAAGUGCAAUCGGCAUGGUUGACAAGGAGGGGGCGUGAGAGCAUGGAGCCAAGGGCACUGUCACCAGCUAGGACGCCCCAAAGACGCCUUCUCAUCUCACGGUCAAACUCGGACAUACCUUCAGACAAAGAGUCCUUGUGCAAGCCUAUUUCACUGUUAGUUCAUCCGCCAGAAAACAACGACUCAGCCGAGGGGAAGAUUACCAAUCUCGUUGGCAGCACGAAUCGCUCUGCUCAGGGCGUGCCAUGCUUCGGUCCACUUCUCUGCCGACUUGUACCAGAACGCUGUCAAAAAGAGCUGCUGGACGUGAAUCAGACCACCCUUUCCUGGCGCUAUGCUUGUGCUGAGCUUGUCGGCCGCGUUGUGCAUGCGUUGGGCGAAUGUCACGGCGUCGGCCUUCAGUUCGGUUUCGAGCCUUUCUUUGACACUAUCAUCGAUGAUGAAAUGCAGCGAGCAUGCACAAACACGCAGAAUCAAGCUGGUAAGCUCUGGCGAGACCUUGUUCGGCGGAGUUGCCCACCAGCCAUCAUAUUGGGUUCGGAACUCGGACGGGUAGAGGGCACUUGGGAAACUGGUCAACAAGUGCGAUACAUCGGCGAUGUUAACAGGGACAGGGACGUACUAGUAGUGGUGGUUGGCACCGUUGAGCCAAUUGUCGACAAGGCAAUCGGUGUAGGGCUUUGCAGGCAUGGACUCAAGGGCAGCCUUGAGUUCUUCGGACGGCUCAGCUUCAUCCUCGACAACAUCCUUACCUGGCUAUUGAAUGGUCAGUCGGUCUCGCAGUCUCCAGCGCGCACGGGCCGUGGUAGAAAGCUGCUCACUUUGGGGCCGCUUCCAUUGCCAAGGACCAGAUGA